AUGUAUGUCAGAAGUAUUAGUAAGGAACUAACAAAAAGGAUGUAUAAUCCUUCUGGACACAGAAUUAUGAUGAUGGAUUUAAAAAACAAAACGACAAAUAAUAUAUUAAAUUCAAGAAGAUAUAUAGUAUCGUAUACAAAAGUGCAUAGGACUCAUUAUCUGGAAGAUUAUUAUACGAAUCCAGAAAUUGCAACAAAUAUGAUUUCCCCUAUGUCUGAGUAUAUCUGGUGGAGUUGGUUACUUCUUCAAGGUGUAAUUGUUUUUGGUACCUUAUUUCAUUCCAAUUACUAUUUUACUGGAAAGGCUUUGCCAAAGGUUCAAGGAAAUUCUCAACUGUGUGAGGAUUCAUGGUGA